UGACUCGUACAUAUACAUUUCGAGCGAUAACUAGCAACAGUCUCGCGUAUCUCAUUCGGGAGGAGUCUUUCUAUCUUAGACUAAUCAUACAAUCAUCGUUAUCUGCCUCGGGAACGUUGCACGCCAUUGGCAAGCGAUAAGUACAUUGGGGCCGGUAGUGGGAGUUCCUCGCGAAUAUACACGUAGUCGACGUAAAAUCAUCGUAGUUAACGCCGCGUAGUUCCUUGGAUUUCGACGGUGCGAGGUCAGAUUAGUGGAAUCGUGAGCUUACCCGAGUAAUUUUGUUCGCGUGUAGUUUUAUUAAAGACAAAACGCGAGUGUCCUUCCGGUGACGUGCGUUACCGCAGCACGUGGUGACCGAAUUACGUCGACAAGUGUGAAACAUAUUGAUUUACGUAAGCGACGCGGUUAAAUUGGCAAGUAUCCUUUGGCCCGGAAUCUACAAUAGGUGUGAUAAAUUGUAAAACCGUAAAAAAUUGAUUGAAAGGUGAUAGAUCGAUCACAGUCGAAUGUGCGAAGAAUCAUUGAUUAAUCAAUGGCUGUGUUCAGAAAACACAACAGUUGCACAACCAUUGAGUAAUUUGUCAAUUUAAUUGGCCUAAAUUUAGAGAUCUAACAGACCAAUAAUCAUUGAUCGCUCACUGAUCGUUUUGUUUCCCUGAACGCAGUUUCAUAAAGCUUGUUAUAUCUAUAUGUAGAUCCGGAUUUAAGCAGUGUUCACAAUAGUCCUGGUCUACAAUAGGUGCUUUAAGCCUUAAGAAAUAGACCAAUCAUAGUCGAAUGUGAGAAGAAUAAUAAUCGCUACAAUAACCGCUUUAAGCGGUGUUCACAACAAAGUAGUCAGCCUUAAGCUCGUAUCAGACUAUGAAUUAGGACUGACAUUGAAUUGAAAUUUGACCAACCAGAAAAAGGUUCGCUAACUCGGAGUUUAGUGAACUUUGCUUUGAUUGGCCAAAUUUCAAUCCAAUCUCAAUUCUAACCCGUAGUACGAUACGGGCUUUAAGCUGUAAAAAAUUGACCAAUCACAGUCGAGUUAUAGAAGAAUAAUCAAUUGUGAUUGGUCAAUUUCUCAUGUACUUGUAGAUCGGAACUUAUUCAUGCGCAAGAACGAUCCAGACGACAUAAUGGUCUAAAAGAUGUUUCAGUAUAUAGAACGCACGAAACAAUACGAUAUUCUUCGGACGUCUCCCAGGUCUCUACGUUGCUCAGCAUUUGCUCCUCGCAUAUUCGAGCCUUGUCGACCGAACACAGUCGUCAGAUUCCACAUGGAUUACCGAAAGUAGCGGUGUGCAACCUGCGUUAUAAAUUCGAACGUGUGAGAAACUGAUUUGACGUGUGAGACUUUUCGUAUCAGUAAUAUACAUACGCUCGCGCUUCGCCUCCGACGCUUGAUGAGGCGAAUCGUUUAUCUUUUAAGGUCAGAACCGAAGCGGCUGGGUAAGUGACGGCACGGCCGGUAAAUUUAAAUGCUUCCGUAAGACCCGAGUAUUCUUCUCGGCUCUCUCGCAUUAUGCAACGUGAAUAACUUGCAGACGACGUGUGCACCGAUGCGUCGUGAAUACGCGGGAUGCAGUGACAAUAACCGGUAAAUUCGGAUCGGGACGGUGUUCGAUCGCGAAUUGCCCUGACAAUUUCAAAUCGUUCGGCGAAACAUCGAACGAGAAAUAUGGACGAUAAGUAUACCGUUGCCGAUAAGUAAGAUAAAAUUAAUAAUCGCCAAUCGGCUGGGAGGAUAAAAUUUCGUGUCGAAUCGAUCGUAAUAUCCAAGGAUGUUGUUCCACCUCCUAUUGGGUGCAGAUUGCUCCGGCCGCACGCUAGCCACCCUCCUGGUUGCAUGGGUCGCGACGUUGAUGGUGACCUCGAUAUUAUUGCAAUGGGAUUAUAUGUGGAUCGUCUUGACGAUACUGACCAUAAUGUUUCUCCUGCUCUGUGCCUGCAUGGCCUACAAUAUAAAAAAGGCUCACAUGAGGACUUGGGCCACCGAACACCGGAGAAGAGAGGCGGGUGAUGGAGAGAGACGAGCCAGAAGACCUGUCUGGACUAUCAGUGGGAUGACAGACGAGGAUCGCAGAGAGAGAGAAUCUCGACAAGUCACGGACCUACCACCAUCGUACUCGUCUGUAGUAUUGUCCGUUUGUAGUACUCAACCUACGUCGGAUUCUGUACAAAGAGUGUCAUUAACCAUCGGCGACCCACCCGACGGGCCCAAAUUCGAAGAGCCGCCGCCAUAUUCGAGCGUGUUUUCCUGCACAGACGCGCAUGACCGAAAUGCGGAAGCGGCAAACGAGCCGAAUACAACAUCCUCCGUGCCUGCGACGAAGGACAACAAUGCCGUUUCCAUAGACAUGUCUCAGGCACAAAACACGCGCACGACUGACGAUUAGUUAUUAGCGUGAUUCUUGUGGAAGACUGUAUAAAAAAAGAAAGAUACCAAAAUCAGUUUCGAAGAGUGAGCGAAAAACGUGUAGACAUAAGUGCGAUAUUGUGCGUCCCGCGAGAGAUUUACUUAUUUCUAAAAAACUAAAAUUAAGACGUCCUAAGACGUUGUGAAGGCGGCUUUGAGACGACAAGACAUUCAACGGAUGUUUCUGAAAUGUCUUUUGGACAUACAUGUUAUUACUGUUAUGUUAUUAUUAAUGUAUCAUGUGUACGAAUAUAUGAAUUGUUUCUUAGUA